GCACUAUAAAGUAUAAAAGCCGUAGGAUUUUAAGCAGAUAGUAUCACAAGCAUUUUAAAUCGUAGACAUUACACUUCAAAAGCAAUAAUAUGAGGUUCUUGAUCUUAGCUUCGAUUCUAACUAUUGUAAGCUGUGCAAGCCUAGAUAAUAUUGCUUAUUUACCACCCAAUCAGAAAUCUGCAAAUUCUUUAUCUAAUCAAUAUCUACCUGCAUCUAAUCAAUUAUCAAUUGGAGCGUUUGGCAACUCGCUUCAUGGACGCUUAGAAAGUACUAGUGGUACAUUUAGUCUUAAUCAAAAUGGAAAAGGGUUUUCUUCUAAUGGUGCUAUUGGAGGCUUUCCCAGUAAAAGUUUUGGAGCCUCUGAAGGAUCAUUAAACCUUAAUAAAAAUGGAGCAUUUGGUAAUACCAAUAGUGGAUUCAGACACUCUAGUGGUUCAGUUAAUUUUAACCAACCAAUCCAAGCCGGUUUUAGACAAAGUUCUAAUCAGCAAGGAUUAUCGACAUCAUAUGGUGGUUAUUCUGGAGCUGGUAAUGCCUUGGGUUCAAGUCAAACCGAUUUUAAGAAGAAUGCAAACCAAGUUAUUAGUGGAUUAUCUUCUGGAGCUACAUCUUUUAAAAACCAAGCUAGUUCUGGAUAUUCCGGUUACUCUUCUUCUUCUUCUUCUGCAAACUCUUUUGGAGGGAACUCAUUAGCCGCAGGUCAAAUAAGUUUAAAGAAUAGUGAAAAAUCUAUUCCCAUUCUAAAAUUAGCUGCUGAUAAUAAUGGAGACGGAACAUACAAGUACAACUAUGAAACCGCAAACAGCAUUUCAGCCGAGGAACAAGGGGAUGCAAGGAAUGGUGGUACCAGAGCUCAAGGCUCUUUUGGCUACUCUGCUCCUGAUGGUCAACAAAUUUCUAUUUCAUACACUGCUGACGAGAAUGGAUUUCUUCCUCAAGGAUCUCAUAUUCCCACCCCACCUCCAAUUCCUGAGGCAAUCUUAAAAUCCAUUGAGGAAAAUGCUGCAGCUGCAGCUCAGGGAAAUUAUAAUGAAGGUGCUUACAGAGGAGAAGGUUUAAAUACAAGAGCCUAUAACUCUGCUGGUACUUCAAGUUCUUCAAAUUUUCAAGGAUCUUUUGGUUCCAAUACCAAUGGUAACCUUCAAACUAAUGCUGCCUAUAAUGGAGGAUAUAAAUACUAACAGUAUUAUUUUUGUACAUUAAUUUUGUAUAUGUGAAACAGAUUUUCUAAAUAAAUGCAUUAAAAAUA